GUCGCUGAAGUAAGAAGGGGGCCAGAGGUGCCUUCUCGAGGUCUAAAUAUAAAUCCUAAAGGACAAAGAUCUGCAUCGAGAACUCACAAGGAAAUAAGACUUGUAAAACUUUUGAGAAAACAUGUCAACUUCUGACGAGACAGACGGUUUCCGUCCUAGAUAUGGGUCUGUUCUGGAUGGCAUGGAGCGGCUCACCGCUGAGGAGAUGGAUGAGCGGCGUCAACAGAACAUGGCCUAUGAGUACCUGUGCCACUUGGAAGAGGCUAAACGAUGGAUUGAAGCGUGUUUAAAUGAGGAUCUCCCGCCCACCACCGAGCUGGAGGAGGGCCUGAGGAAUGGCGUGUACCUGGCCAAGCUGGGAAACUUCUUUGCUCCUAAUGUGGUCUUUCUCAAAAGAAUCUAUGACCGUGAACAAACACGCUACAAGGCCACUGGGCUCCAUUUCAGACAUACAGACAAUAUCAUCCAAUGGCUGAAUGCAAUGACAGAUAAGGGCCUCCCUAAGAUUUUCUAUCCUGAGACAACAGACAUCUACGACAGGAAGAACAUGCCCCGCUGCAUCUACUGCAUACAUGCUUUGAGCCUCUACCUGUUUAAACUUGGGCUUGCGCCCCAGAUUACAGACCUGUAUGGCAAGGUCGCCUUCACAGAGGAGGAGAUCAACAACAUGAAGAUUGAAUUAGAGAAGUACAACAUUCAAAUGCCAGCAUUCAGCAAAAUUGGCGGGAUUUUAGCCAACGAGCUAUCAGUGGACGAAGCAGCCUUGCACGCUGCUGUUAUCGCCAUCAAUGACGCCGUUGACCACGGAGUCCCCGAGGGCACUCUAGCUGCCAUGAGAAACCCAAACGCCAUGUUACUGCAGCUGGAUGAAAGCGCUGCCCAGCAGUACCAGGACACCCUGUUCCAGGCCAAGACUGAGAAAGUGGCCAGCUCCCGAAAGAGAAUUGGAGAGAAUGCUGAGGCUGAAAGGGAUGUUUAUGAUGAGCUGCUCACACAUGCUGAAAUCCAGGGAAAUAUCAACAAAGUAAAUUUGACCAAAUCCUUGAGUUCAGCAGAACAGGCGCUGUUGAGUGGUGAUGAGGACAAGCUGUAUGACGCUCUCCGUUCCCCUGCGUUAGGCCUGCAGUCAGUGCAGGCUCCGAACAAGGCAUGGUACCUCAAACAGCUGCUGGCCGAUCGAGAGCAGAAAGAACAGAAUACCCCAGGAGAGCCUCUGAUGAAGGAGGAGUUACAGAGUGGAGUAGAUGCAGCCAAUGUGCAAGCAGCAGACUAUCAAAAAUUGCUGCGGGCGGUGGAGAGGAUUAAUGCUGCCAUAAGAAAAGGUGUAGCAGAGGAAACAGUGAAUGAACUGAUGAACCCAGACGCCCAACUGCCGCAGGUUUACCCUAGUGCUGCAGAUCUGUACCAGAGAGAACUCUCCAGCCUGCAACAACAGAGUGCAGAGGGCUCUUUGUCACAUCCCGAGCUGCUGGUUGCCGUGGAGAUGCUGUCCUCGGUGGUGCUGAUAAAUGAGGCGCUGGAUGUAGGGGGCAGGGCAGCAGUGUGGAAGCAGCUCAGCAGUACCCUCACCGGCCUCAGCAAUGUAGAGGAUGAGUAUGCCCAGAGGUAUAUAGAUGAGUUGAUGCAUCUGAAGGCAGCUGCGCGUGAAGAGGGUGGUGACUAUCUCACCUGGAAUGACAUCCAGGCCUGUGUGGACCAGGUCAACAGUACUAUUCAAGAGGAACAUGAAAGGAUUGCUGCUAUUGGUCUGAUCAACGAGGCUCUGGAUGAGGGUGACCUACAGAAGACAAUGGCUGCUUUACAGAACCCAGCCGCCAAGCUAACAGAUAUAGAUCCAUCUGUGGCCCAGCAUUACUAUGAUAUUCUGCAGGAGGCAAGGAGAGAGAAGGCCCACGAAUGCGGAGAUCCUUCUGCAGUUCUUUGGUUAGAUGAGAUCCAGGAUGCGAUCUUAAGAGCCAACAAGGACUCAGAGGAUGCUCUGCAAUUCUCUCAGGCGAUCCAGUCCAUUAAUGAGGCUGUGGAUAACAAGGACUCUUCUCAGACACUGGCAGCCCUGCGUUCACCUGCUGCUGGUCUGUAUGGAGUCACGUCUGAAUGUGCUCAGACCUACCAGGAUGACCUGUUUCGAAUUAAAGAAGACAAGAAAAAGGAAGGGGAUAAUGACAGUGAAUGGAUGAAACAUUGGGUGAAGGGAAGACACAACUACUACUAUAACCUCAAGACCGGACAAGGCACCUGGGAGGAGCCUUCAGACUUUAUUCCAAACAACACUCAGCUCAACAAGGAGGAAAUACAGUCUGUUGUGUCAGGAGUAACCAAAGCAUAUAACCGAGAACAACUCUGGUUGGCCAAUGAGAGUCUGAUUGCCAAGCUACAGGCCCGGUGCCGUGGUUUUCUGGUGCGACGUGGAAUGAAAGAGCGUCUUGGGUUCUUGAAGUCUCAGGAGCCGUCUGUCACAUGCAUACAGGCCCACUGGAGAGGCUAUAAGGACAGAAAGAAGUACAAUGACAGGAAGCAUUACCUGAAGGAUCACGGUGAUGAUGCUGUCAAGAUUCAGUCAAUGGUCAGGAUGCAUCAAGCUCGCAAAAAAUACAGAGAUCGUCUGCAGUACUUCAAAGACCAUAUAAAUGAUGUGGUGAAAAUUCAGGCUUUCAUUCGAGCCAACAAAGCAAGAGAUGACUACAAAACACUCAUCAACGCAGAUGAUCCUCCGAUGGCAGUCGUUCGCAAGUUUGUCCACCUGCUGGAUCACAGCGACCAGGACUUCCAGGAAGAGCUGGAACUGAUGCGGCUUAGAGAAGAGGUGAUCACCAACAUCCGCUCCAACCAGCAGCUGGAGAACGACCUUAAUCUGAUGUCCAACCUCAUGAUGAUGAACAAGCAGAAAGGAGGCCUGAAGGCUCUUAGUAAAGAGAAGAGGGAGAAGCUAGAGGCAUAUCAGUUCCUCUUUUACCUGUUACAGACAAAUCCAACCUAUCUGGCCAAGCUGAUCUUUCAGAUGCCACAGAACAAGUCCACCAAGUUCAUGGAUUCUGUCAUUUUCACAUUGUACAACUACGCUUCCAAUCAGCGUGAGGAGUACCUCUUGCUCAAUCUCUUCAAAACGGCCCUGCAGGAGGAAAUCAAAUCAAAAGUGGACCACAUCCAGGAGAUCGUGACCGGAAACCCAACAGUCAUUAAGAUGGUCGUGAGCUUUAACAGAGGAGCCAGAGGUCAGAACGCACUCCGGCAGAUCCUGGCUCCGGUUGUGAAGGAAAUCAUGGAUGACAAGACGCUCAACAUUAAAACUGACCCAGUUGACAUAUACAAGAGCUGGGUGAACCAGAUGGAGAGUCAAACUGGAGAGGCCAGUAAAUUGCCAUAUGAUGUGACUCCAGAACAGGCAAUGAGUCACGAGGAGGUUCGAACCCGGCUGGAAGCCUCCAUCAAGAACAUGAGGACGGUCACAGACAAAUUCCUCUCGGCCAUAAUUGUUUCUGUGGAUAAAAUCCCAUAUGGUAUGCGGUUCAUUGCCAAGACACUGAAGGACACAAUUAACGAAAGGUUCCCUGAUGCCACAGAGGAUGAGCUUUUGAAGAUUGUGGGCAACCUGCUGUACUACCGCUACAUGAACCCUGCCAUUGUGGCUCCUGAUGCCUUUGACAUCAUUGAUCUCUCGGCUGGAGGUCAGCUGACUACAGAACAGAGGCGAAACUUAGGAUCAAUCGCCAAAAUGCUGCAGCACGCAGCCUCCAACAAGAUGUUCCUCGGAGACAACGCUCAUCUGAACCCCAUCAAUGAAUACCUCUCUAACUCCUACCAGAAGUUUAGACGUUUCUUUUUGUCUGCUUGUGACGUCCCAUCUUUGGAAGACAAGUUCAAUGUGGAUCAAUACUCUGACCUGGUCACCUUGACCAAGCCUGUGAUCUACAUUUCCAUUGGGGAGAUCAUCAACACUCACACGCUCUUGCUAGAUCACCAGGAUGCCAUCGCUCCAGAUCACAGUGAUCCUAUCCAUGAGCUGCUAGAUGACCUGGGAGAGGUGCCCACCAUUGAGUCUUUAAUAGGUGAGAGCCCACUUCCCCCUGAUGAUCCUAAUAAGGAAAUGAUGGGUAAAACAGAAGUCUCUCUCACCCUCACCAAUAAAUUUGACGUUCCUGAUGAGGCCAAUGCUGAAAUGGAUGCCAAGACUCUACUCCUCAACACCAAGAGGCUCAUAGUAGAUGUGAUCAGGUUUCAGCCAGGAGAGACGCUUACUGAGAUUCUGGAGACUGUAGCUUCACCAGAGCAGGAAACCGAGUACCAGCGUGCCAUGCAGCGAAGAGCUAUUCGUGAUGCUAAGACCCCGGAGAAGAUGAAGCAAGCCAAACCAGUUGUGGAUGACAGCCUUACCUUGCAAGGCAAGAAGGACAAAAUCAAGAGCAACUUGCAAAGGCUAGGAGAGUUGGGCAAAGUUCACCCUGAGAAGAAAUACCAGGAUCUUAUCAAUGACAUCACCAAGGACAUCCGGAACCAGAGGCGAUACCGUCAGCGGCGAAAGGCAGAAUUGGUGAAGCUUCAGCAGACUAAUGCUGCCCUCAACUCCAAGACCAAUUUCUACAAUGUGCAGAUCGACUACUACAAUCAGUACAUCAAGACCUGCAUGGACAAUUUAGCCAGCAAGGGCAAAGUCUCUAAGAAACCUGGAGACAAUAAGGCGAAGAAGAGUAAGCAGGUGUCACAGAAGUACACAGCAGCCCGUCUGCAUGAGAAGGGAGUGCUUAUUGACAUCGAGGAUCUGCAGCCAAAUCAGUAUAAGAAUGUAAUUUUCGAGAUCUCGCCAUCUGAGGUCGUAGGAGUGUUUGAGGUGAAAGCUAAACUUAUGGGAGUCCAUUUGGAGACAUUACUGUUAGAAUACCAGGACCUACUCCAGUUGCAGUACGAGGGGGUGGCAGUGAUGAAGCUGUUCGAUCGAGCUACUGUAAAUGUUAACCUCCUUAUUUUCCUGCUCAACAAGAAGUUCUACGGCAAAUAGAAACUCCGAGGGACUUGACAGACUGUUUCAUACAAAGUGAAGCCCAGACCACAUCCAUCUUUAAAGUUUAAAUGUCUUUCCUGCACUAUUCUGAGUAUGCCUUUUGUGCCUUUCUUGAAGGAUAAAUUCCUUGAAUGUACAUUAUUAAAUUUGUCGUAGACCACCAACCUGUAUCUUCUGGAUAUGUAACGGUUGACUGUUUUCUGUUUUUACUGAGAUGUAAGUGUCCAAAAGAGUAUCAAUAGUAGUUUGCUUUGAUCUUUUGCAAACUGCUUGCAUGAGCUUUGAAUACUGUAUAUGUUAUAUGUAAAAUGAACAUUUUUAUUGCCUAAUCUAUUCUUAGGGCGAAACAAAUUUAAAAUUGUUUCUAAGUAUCCCUAUCGUCUAGGAGAGUGAUGAGUGUUAUAGCCACAUUCCUCCAAAUGUUACCAAAAUAUAUUUAUCAGAGCAAUUUCUUUAUUUGUAAAAAAAAAAAAAAAAAAAAAAAUAGCUUUUGAAAAAAAAAAAAAAAAAAAAAAUAGCAAUGAAUAGGUAUACUUCAUUGGCUGGUCAAAAAAUGAGGACUUUUUUUUUCCAGAUCAUUUGGACACUGCAUGCUGGAUGAGCUUUACGUUUACGUCCCUCUAAUUUUUGCAGCCUUGUGUCCAUUUAAUUUUAAAGGUGCCUUAACUUGAAUAAACCGUUGGGAAAA